GCCUCAUUGCUCGUUCUCGACCCGCGGAACGGCACGUGUGUGAAGGGAGUACCUGCUCACAUGCAGAACACACCGUUCACAGACACGGAGCCAUACUCAUCCGUAUAUGUUUCAGUUCGUGUGGACGGCAGACACAUUAAUGCUCCCCGCCGUCUCUCAUUCACCAGUCUUCAACGAAUGUCCUAGCAGCAGUCGUCACCAUUCAGUAAUAUGGAUGCAUCUCAAACAGAAUCGGGAAGUUGUUGAGAAUCAGCGGGGCCAGGGGUCCAAGUCCGGAGAUGGUGGUGUGUCAAUACUGCCGCCAUAUGGAUCCUUGAAUGGCAGGGCUGGGCGUCCGGGGAUGACGGAAGCCCACAACCUUGGGAUCGAUAUUUGCAAUCACUCGCAUGAGGCACUCGCUUCGAACGAUGAUUCAGAUGAAGGUGUGAAAGCUAAGCGAUCGGGGAGCUCGGGAGAUGAAAUUGUUCGGUCACCUUCUGCGAACCUCCCUAUACUUGGCGACGGCAGACACAGGCACAGAGCUGUUGAUGGGGCUUGCAGAGGUCGACAACAUCAAGCAAGCAUUACUGUGCCAUGUUUCCAUGGACCAGGUUGCUGCCGUACGGUGCUCAGCGAUACACUCCAUCAAUGUUCGACGUCGGCGCUUCGCAAAACAUGCCACUGUUUGACACCCACCUGCACCAAGGAUCAUGGUAUCGCAUGCAACAACCGUCCGAAUCCUCUUGAUCCUUCGCUGUGCAUCGACCGAUGCCGCGUCGCUUGCGGGCUGUGCUGCUGUUCAUAGCACACGUCUGUGAUAUCUCUCUUGGGUCACUCUACCAGCCAACGAAGCAUGACGGAAGCAUGCAACAGACACAAAGACAAUAUUGAAAGGAGAAUGUCGACAACACUGGACCCCACUUCAACAGUAUCAAGGACCGACUGCAUAACUCAGCACUAUGCAUACGCAAUCCUAUAGCGCUGAUUCAAAACACAGGACUACAAAUAA